UGGUUCUUCUCCACCGUUUUUAGUUUAGUUCAUUUAACACCGUUUUACCCGAAGUCUGCUUCUACCAACAGGUGGCGCCAUUUAUCUCAGUUGAAGCCUGAAGCCAAGAGAAGAGAUGUCAAUCAAAAUGUAAGGCCGUUCAUUGGCUGUUGGUCGAAUAAGAACCGCCCCUUUAUUCUGAUGACAUGUGAAGAAGACCAAUGAGCUGUGACAUUCAGGUUCAUAAACCCCGAGGGGGGGGGGGGGCCAGCUCCACAAAGUUUCCAGCUGCGGCGCGAGGCUUGUUACAAAUAUCAGGUGCCGACCUUUCAAGUGUUGCAUUGUUCACCUUCUUCCAGUUCUCUUGAAAAAAAAGUUUAAAACGCACUUAUAUCAGUGCACUAACAUGGAGGAGAGACGAAUAACACACGACGAUGAGGUGGAGGUGCAGUCACAUGUUGCAAGCGGAGGAUUGUCGUCUUAUGAACUGGAGCGUCUGGAAAACAUCAGACAGAAUCAAGUUUUUCUGUCAUCUAUCAAAUUGUUCGAGGCAACUGAGGAGUUGAGGCAGUUGAACCGGCCAAAGCCAUCACAGAGGCGUCUCGUGAGGACGAAGUCUGCUGUAAAAGAAACGCUGCUGCCUCGCAAAUCCCUUCGUCUCCAACAUAAAGAGCCAGAGACGCUGACGCUUCCUUCUGAACUCGGGGCGCUGCUGGUCACGCCAAGGAAACCUCCUGGUCCUCUGCCCCUGGAGCCAGUCAACAUGGAAGAGGGAAGCAAGCUGCCGUCACAACUUCUGGAGCUCUGGUCUGAGGGUUCAACAGAAGAAAGAAAAACGUGGCUUGAUCUGAACGAGUACAGCUCGGCCCUGAAGAGCAUGAGGGCCACUGAGGGCCGAGUGGAGACGGAGCGCAUCUUCUCCGCUGCCUUCCACCCCUGUGCCAGCAGCCUGUUGAUGGCCACCGGAGACAAACUGGGGAAAGUCGGACUCUGGAAGUUGGGUGGUGACUGGGGCGACGGCGGCGCGCUGCUCUUCGAGCCCCACACCGGUCCAGUGAGCUGCAUGGCGUUCUCCAGGGCUCAGCCCACCCAGCUGCUGAGCCUCAGCUACGACGGAUCUCUACGCUGCAUGGAAGUGGAGAAGGCCGUUUUUCAUGACGUGUACGGCUCCACCGUUGGCCUGAGAACAUUUGACUUCAUGUCCCACGACUGCUUCACACUCGUCGUUGGGAACUGUUUGGGAGAUGUCGCCAUCGUCGAUCGACGGACCCCGGGAAACACCCACGAGUCCCUCCACUUACUGGACCCCAAGACUCUGCGAUGUGUUAGUGUCCACCCUUCACAGAAGCACUACUUUGCCGUUGCAGGAAGCAAGGUCGUGAAUAUUUACGACUCCAGAUAUCUGAAAAAGACUCGCUGCCGGGCCAUCUCCCGGCUGCACGGACACUCUUCAAGCAUAACGAGCGCUUAUUUCUCCCCCUGCACCGGCAACCGAGUUCUCACCACCUGUCUGGAUGACCACAUACGGAUAUACGACACGGCUGCAAGGACGACAACAUCCCCCUUAGUGACAUCCAUCAGACACAACAUGCAGACUUUGCUGGCCAAGCCAUCGGCCGUGUGGGACCCCAAGCGGGAGGACUGCUUCGUGGUGGGCGGCGUGUUUCACAGUCACAUGGCGCUGGCGUUCCACGAAAGCGGCGAGCUGCAGCACUCCUUCAUCGACCGCGAGGACCUCCACGAGGUGCUGUCGGCCAUCGCCAUCCACCCGACCAGGAACGCCUUCCUGGGCUGCGCUGCGUCGGGGCGCCUGCACGUCUUCUCCGACUGAGAUGAACGGAAUAUCGUUCGGAGACGUGUUUUAGUUUGCCUUCGUUAAGGAUGGAAGAACGAGGUCGGAAAUGUUUUUUUUAAUUUGUUUUUUUUACACGAGUCAAAGUUCGCAGUGUAGAUGGAUAUCGGUCGUUACCAUUGUCUCUUAUUUGUUUGCUCUGGAUCUCCACAUCGCUUUAAGAGUGUUGUCAUGGUUACAAUACAAACUAUACAAUAUUCACCUUUUUCAGUCUCAAGUCUGCCGUGUGUGGAAGGAGCAUGUGACUGAGCAGCGGUGCCUGGAUAACUAGAGGUCUGGACUUUUGAAGCCAAUUCCGUCUAGAUUUGGAUUCCUGUUUUGGGGUUUUGUCUCACUGGAAAGUUCAUCUUAAGUUCGUAGUUCUCAGAUUUAUUUGUGCUUUUCUGCAUCAAAGCUACGUUUGCUCAUCUUUUUGUUGAAUUUGUUGAAACUCAAUAUAUUCCGACAGCAAUCGAGAAAUCAACGUUUCACUGCAGCCGUCUCGUGUCUCUGUGGCCGAGCUGCAGGCUGCAAAGAAUAACUGAUUGACUGAAGGACUGUGUUGACUUUUUAUGUUCUCAUAUCUGCUUAUUGCUGUUUAUUACUCCAAAUGUUCAAAAAAGUGUAUUGAUUGAUCCUUGUUUUUUUCAUAUUUUAUUUUGUAAAUUUUAGUUGACUGAAUAAAAAUAUUUGAUUUACACUAAA